AUGUCUCGCCCAAUUGAGACAUUGAAAGAGAUCAAUGAUUCAAAAGAUUUGUGGAAGAUCGCUGUUAGGUGCAAACAUCUGUGGACUGUCACAAGUUCUUCAAACAAAGAACACAUGGAGAUGGUUUUGGUUGAUUCUAAGCGUGAUAUGAUUCAGGCUGUUGUCCCUGCUUAUUUGCUUUCGAAAUUCAAAUCUGAAAUUGAAACAGGAAACUCUUAUAUCAUGCAAAAUUUUAAAGUUGGGAAGAAUGAUUUUGCUUUUAAGUCGACAAAUCAUACAUACAAAUUGGUUUUUUGUGGGUCAACUUCUGUUAAGAAAGCAGAAUUUCCUGAUAUCCCUCAUAACUACCUUAACAUUAUUGAUUUGAUUGGAGGAAUCACUGAUAUCACUCAAACCCAAGUUAACGGUGACAACAACAAGAACAGAAUAGUUUUUUCAAUUGUAGAUGCCAGCAAAACAGUUGUACAAUGUACUCUUUGGGGGCAACUUGCAGUUCAGCUAUAUGAGUAUUAUAAGAAUAAUAAGCAAGCCUCUGAUAUUGUCAUUGUGCUAAUCAAUGCAAGGGUUAAAGAGGCUCAAGUUGUAACUGUUUCUUCAAUUUCUUGUGAUUCAUGA